CAGCGGCGGUCUUGCGUUCCGCGUUUUUAGCCUACUGUCGUGUCUGAUAGGCAUUGUUGUCUGGUGUCGGCGAGUUGCCGGCUAGCUGCUACGCUACUGGUAGCUUUUCUGCUAAUGCGCUAGCAUCGCUCGGUGCGUUGAGGAAGUCGGGGUUAAACGCGGUCAAACCGGAAGUUUAAUAAAUAUGGACUUCAAAAUGAAAGCUCUUGUUGUUAACUGAAUGUAAAAACAUGGUCAGGUAUGUAUCAUUAUAGCUGCCAGAUGACAAUGUACAACAUACCAUUAGUUAUUAAAGCGACGCCCAAAUGUAUACUAAUUAACUAUGGUUGUAAUUAUAGGAGUACUUAAUUGUGAAUUAUGCAUAAUACGAGCUAUUUGAACAAUUUGAUGAAUCUUGAAAAUACAGGAUUUACUAAUAAGCGGCCUGAUGUCAUCAGAAUAUGACAUUUAAUGUCAAGCUGCAUACACUCGCCACCGGUUGAACACAAGGAGGAAAUUAUGUGAUAAAUUCUACCAAGAGCUUUAAGAGACAAGCCCACUGUACAAUCUAAUAUAUAUUUGAGUUUAUUUUGCCACUGAAAUGCACAAACUGUAUUUACACACUUAAAUCUUGACAGUAGCCAUGUGAAAAUAAAGUCGAACAGCUAACGUGAUGUAUUUUAUUUUGAUAGCCGAAGCAGGAAGUGUUGUGUUUACUCUCUACCUUGAUUGGAAAUUGACACUUAGCUGAUGUUUGCUAAACUGUAUUGUUGACGAUGUAUUCAUUAAUUAGGCGUGUUUGGAACAUUUGAGGCUCCCUCUUCCAUGCCUUACGUAGACCACUUGUGCUUUAUGUGAACUUUAACCAAAAGGUUGUUUUUAACAGUGAUAUUUCAUCUGUCUGGCCACUUGCUAGUGUGUGAUGAUAGUUAAACAGUGAAAAGAGCAGGUUGUAAUCUGGACGUCGCCAUUACAAGUCAUUGAGAGGACACAAUUUACCCCCACGGUCAGAACUUGACUCUAUCAUGGGAGUCAAAACCUUCACCCACAGCUCGACCUCCCACAGCCAGGAGAUGCUCGAGAAGCUCAACACUUUGCGUAAUCAAGGUCACUUAUGUGAUGUUACCAUCAGGGUGCAAGACAAACAUUUCCUGGCCCAUAAAGUGGUCUUGGCUUGCUGCAGUGAAUUCUUCCGCUCUAAACUGGUUGGUCGACCAGAGGAGGAGGACAAGUUUGUGUUGGACCUUCACCACGUGACAGUUAGCGGCUUCGCUCCUUUGCUGGAAUAUGCCUACACGUCUACACUCUCCAUCAGCACAGAGAAUAUUAUUGAUGUCCUUGCAGCUGCGAGUUAUAUGCAGAUGUUUGCUGUGGCUAGUACGUGUUCAGAGUUCAUGAAGUCCAGUAUUCUAUGGAGCCCAAGUAACAGUAGUAACGACACAGUGGCAGCAGACAAACCCCGUGAAUCAGCACCAGAGAGUGCCUCAUCAAACUGUGUCCUAACGCCUCUUGACGGCAGCGUGUCACCUGUGUCGUCUGACUGUAGUGUCAUGGAGAGGAAUGUUCCCGUUUGCCGCGAGUCACGCCGGAAACGGAAGAGCUUUGUAACCAUGGCCUCGCCUGAGAGUCCGCUCAAAUGCACGACACAGAUGAUCACUACCUCCCCCCAGGUCCCCAAUCCAUCCCCCUCGUUCUCAGACAGCACGGCCCAGCCUGUGGAGUCCUCCCUGGCCUUCCCAUGGACGUUCCCGUUUGGCAUUGACAGAAGAUUCCACUCGGACAAAUCAAAGCUCCCAGAAAGCCCUCGUUGCCAAGAGCAGGCAGCCGCAGUUACUUCUGAAGUGGUGGUUGGUCGUCGACUCAGUGACUAUCUAACAUGUGAAAGCUCCAAGGCGGUGUCGCCACCUGUGCCAGCUGAGGAAGAUGACGUGAGGGUAAAAGUGGAGCGCCUCAGUGACGAGGAAGUCCAAGAUGCAUCGUCCCACCCCGUCACGGCCCCUCAGAACUCGCUAAAUGAUCAACAGACGGUGCCGGGAAGUGAACAGGUUCAGGAGGAUCUCCUCAUCAGUCCACAGUCAUCCUCCAUAGGGUCAUUGGAUGAAGGCGUGUCAGAGGGCUUGCCAUCAAUGCAGAGUACCUCUAACGCUGCAGGACAUGCAGAGGAUGAUGAAAGGUUGGAAGGUAUUCAGUAUCCGUACCACCUCUAUAUCAGCCCAUCAGCCCGGCCUGGCACCAACGGCCCUGACAGGCCCUUCCAGUGUCCAACCUGUGGAGUUCGAUUCACACGCAUUCAAAACCUGAAGCAGCACAUGCUCAUACACUCCGGCAUUAAGCCUUUCCAGUGUGACCGCUGUGGAAAAAAGUUCACACGAGCCUACUCCCUAAAGAUGCAUCGGCUGAAGCACGAAGGUAAACGCUGUUUCCGGUGCCAGAUUUGUAGUGCCACAUUCACGUCCUUCGGUGAAUAUAAGCACCACAUGAGGGUCUCCCGACACAUAAUCCGCAAGCCGCGGAUUUAUGAGUGCAAAACGUGCGGCGCCAUGUUCACCAACUCUGGCAAUUUAAUUGUACACCUGAGGAGUCUGAACCAUGAGGCAUCCGAACUAGCAAACUACUUCCAGAGCAGUGAUUUCCUCGUGCCCGACUACCUGAGCCAGGUGCAGGAGGAGGAGGAGGCGCUGGGAGUCCAGUAUGAACUGGAAGAAUCCCAACAUCACUCUGUCUAUACAGGCGGAGCAGCCUCUACUAUCAUUGCCACCUCGUCCUCCUCCUCAGUCCAGAUGCCUGUCAUCUCCCAGGUCUCCUCUUCUACCCAGAAUUGCGAGAGCUCAUCUGGCCUCCUUUCACCUGAUUCCCUGGAUCCCCUGGAAACCCCCACCUCCUUCAAGAUGGACACCGGCAAUGCUGUAGCUCUGACAGAGGAGACAAAGACAGACAACAGCGAAGGAGGGAGUUCACCGGAGGUGUUUAAACAAGAACACCAUCGCCGGCAGAACGCCCAGGCCAAGGAGUUGGCUUCCAUCACCAUCGAGUGAUUCAAGGCAUUCGUCCUGAGAUGACGCCAAAAGAAGUCAUCUGGACAUCACCGACUGCAUCAAGACUUGAGUUGGCCUGGUGAUGUUUUCCACUUAAAACAAGGUAAAUUAUUUGUUUCAAUUGUUUCCUUUUUGAAAAGGGAUUUAAAUUUUUCCCAUUUGAUGUGAGUGCACUGCCGCUGGAGGUGCGUUAAAUCCAAGCCUUGCCCUUUUGGAAAGUGCCUGAGAGUAACUGGUAACUUAUAGAAGAAGAGCACCUGAGUUUGCAACCAAUAACAAAUCAAAUCCUUACAAACUGGGUUUCAAAACGCUUUAUUUCUGUUAGGCUAGUUUAUAUUGGCAGUGUUAUUCCUUCUGUAUUGUCACUGUAGGCAAAUGUCAUUGAUGUCUAUGUUGCUAGUUUUUCAUGUCGUUUGCCAUCAGAAUGCAGUAUAUGUUGUUUGUACAUUGCUUUUUGAUAGAAAACUUACAUUACAUUUUGUGUAAACAUGUAAAACUUGAAUCGAUUUUUCUGCCAUCUAUACAUUUUUCUGAUCUAUGAUUAUUAGCACUGACAAGUAUCAAUUACACAGUUGUGGUCAGAAGUUGAUUGCCUCAUGUAGCCAGCUGAGAUAUUACAGAAAGUGUUUUAGAGAAAGACACUAUAGAGGGUUUCCAAAAAUGUAUAUUUUCAAGAAAUUAAUAUUUACUUCAGUGGUAAUAUUAACAAAUCUCAAAUUAUCUUUAAUAGGAUUUCCAACAUUUGUGAUGCAAGUGUUGGAAGGGCAGGCUUGCAAUAACUCCACUUUUUUUUAAAUGCCCUGUCUAGACAAAAUUAUCCAGAUGCACUUACAUGAUCAAUUAAUUACCAUAUUAUCCGAAGUAUAAGUCACACUUUUUUUCAUAGUUUGGCUGGUUCUGCGUCUUUAUAUACCAAAAUAUAUAUAGAAUUUAAUAUGUGCUGCCUUUAAGUCAAAGUGGGGCAAUGGUUGUUUGUUUUUUGGGGGGGUUUUGAUGACACCUCGUGGCCGCAAUAACUCAUUGAGUUGAGCUUGUGAUGCAGUGAGACACACAAAUUAAGUAAUGGAGAGCAUACGGGACGCUUUUUGUUAUGGAAUACUCUGCCUUGGAGACUGUGUCGUUGAGUAAGUAUAAUUAUAGGAUGAAAAGGAGGUAUAAAAGCGAGGAUAGGAUGAAAACGUAAUGAUUUUUUUCAAAUAAAAUAUAUAAAAAAACAAAGUGCUGACAAGUAAGUAUCCAAUAAAUCAAAUUCUCAAGUAAUGAAAUAUAUUGCUGUAGCAUAUCGAAAAAUGUAACGAAGUGUGUGUGUGUGUGAGUGGGGGGGAACUUAAAAAAAAAAAAAAAAAUUGUGCAUUAAAAAAAGCUCAUGAAAUUUGAACAGUGAAUUUUUAUUUUUAGUAAAGUAAAGUUCCUUAUUGGCUGAAGUGCAGCAUUAGUAGUUCCAGCUUGUAGCCCCAUUCUCUAUCGCUACUGAACAAUGGCGGCAAAGUCAAGAAAUGCUUAACAAAAAUUGGAACCACAGA